AUGAAGUGGAUCUUGCGAGUGCAUCGUCGCGAUCCCACCCGCAAAGACCCCUUGCUGAUGGUUGACGCAGCCUUAUUGCUACGCCAGCCUAUCCACUUUUUAAAGAUCGACGUUGAAGGUUUUGAGCUGCAGGCAUUAGAGUCUGCUACGAAGCUGUUCCAGGAAGGUUUGGUAGAACACGCUGUGCUGGAGUUUGGUCCACCCAACCGAUGGGAUGUCACCAUUGAGAACCCGGAUGUAUCCCAAGCAGAGAUUCGCAAGACGACCAUUACGCAUGCCAAGAAGAUUCUGCAUCGCGUUGUUACUGAGUGGGACAUGGAUAUCUAUCUCUUGCCAGCACUGGGCUGGGAACGUACUGUCAAAUGGAUGCUCGACCGUAACGUGAACUUUAACACUAAGCCCACGGGUAACAAGAUCGUCCACCAUCUCAAGUCGUGGGACUUUGAUGGCAAGCCGCAGGAAAAGGAUGAGUUUGAGAUUGAGCUCGAUGGCAAGAAGCAGUUGGUUACAGAAGUCAUUCCUUUGCGGGAGGACCUUAUUGACGAGUACAUGGAGGACAUGGAAAGUAUUGGUGAGAUGUACUUGUGGUUCGCCAAGCGUACAGGCAACUCUGCUGUCUUGAAGAAGCUGGAAAUCUAG